CUCGAACUGUGAAAAACGAUUUUUUUAAUUCGGAAAAGGAAGGUAGAAGGUUUCAGAAAUUUGGUCCAACCCUUGUUCUCUGGGCACUCUGACAUAAACACUGACCCAUUACCACACUCUACUCUCCACUAUUGCUCUCUGCUGCUUGCUUCCCCAUCCUUCUCUCGAGCUCCGAGAGAGAGUCAGCACAGCAGAAGGCCUUUUUCGCAUAUACCAAUAUAGCAAGAAAGAAAGAGAAAGAGCGAGAAAUAGAGACGUUAGUCUGUGUCUCCUCCUCCACAGUACGAUUCCCUUUGGAAACCAUAAUAAGAGCCUUGGGGAGUGAGUUGCUGGGCGCGCUUACAAUAGAGAUAGAGAGAAAGAAGUAUAGAGAAAGCAGCAGAGACAGAGUGAGGAUAGAAGAAGCGGUGAUGGGGAGGAAGGGAGGAGGAGAAGAAGAAGAAGGAUUGAAGCUAGUUUUCGCCUUCACUCUGCUGUUUGCACUUCCGGUUCUGUGCAGAGGAAGCAUAGUUGGAGUUUGUUAUGGAAGGAAUGCCGACGACCUCCCAACACCUGAUAAAGCCGUGGACCUCAUUCAGCAGCAUAACAUCAAAUACGCGAGGAUAUACGAUGCGAACAUCCAAGUUCUCAAGGCAUUCGCCAACACUGGGAUCGAGCUCAUGAUCGGUAUAUCAAACUCGGACUUGCUCCCCUUCUCCCAGUUUCAAUCCAAUGCCGACACAUGGCUCAAGAACAACAUCCUCCCUUACUACCCUGCCACAAAGAUCACCUAUAUCACAGUUGGUGCUGAAGUCACUGAAGCACCAAACAAUGAGUCAGCUCUUGUUGUACCCGCCAUGCACAAUAUCCUCACUUCGCUAAAAAAGCUCGGCUUGCACAAGAAGAUUAAGGUCUCGACCACACAUUCCCUCGGCGUCUUGUCUCGCUCUUUCCCACCUUCAGCUGGUGCCUUCAGCAGCAAGCAUGCCCUCUUCCUCAAACCUUUACUGGAGUUCCUCGCCGAGAACCAAUCCCCUUUCAUGAUUGACAUCUACCCUUACUACGCAUACAGAGAUUCUCCAAGCAAUGUGUCGUUGGAUUAUGCUUUGUUCCAAUCCUCCUCCGAAGUAAUUGACCCGAACACUGGCUUGCUCUACACCAACAUGUUCGAUGCUCAAAUAGAUGCUCUCUAUUUUGCACUGAUGGCUCUCAACUUCAGAACGAUCAAGGUUAUGGUGACUGAGACAGGGUGGCCAUCAAAAGGUUCGCCUAAGGAGACUGCUGCAACUCCUGAUAACGCGCAAAUCUACAAUGCCAACUUGAUCCGCCACGUGAUCAAUGACACAGGGACUCCAGCCAAGCCAGGGGAGGAUGUAGAUGUGUACAUCUUCUCGCUGUUCAACGAGAACAGGAAGCCUGGGUUGGAGUCGGAGAGGAACUGGGGUCUGUUCUAUCCUGAUCAGACGAGUGUUUACAAUCUGGAUUUUAGUGGCAGAGGUGCUGUGGUAGGCAUGCCAACACCGAACUCGAAUGGGACUGCUGGUGGUUUCAAUGGGACUACUAAGACGUGGUGCAUUGCUUCCAGUAAUGCGACGCAGCUUGAUUUGCAGAAUGCGGUUGACUGGGCAUGUAGUACUGGGAAUGUGGAUUGCUCGCCUAUUCAGCCGAGUCAGCCUUGUUUCCAGCCGGAUAAUCUGGCUUCUCAUGCUUCGUAUGCAUUCAAUGCUUACUACCAGCAGAAUGGAGCAACUGAUAUCGCUUGCACUUUUGGUGGCACUGGAGUUAAAGUUGACAAGGAUCCAAGCUAUGAUAACUGCUUGUAUAUGACAGCGGGGACCAACAAGACUGGAGCUAGUAAUAUAACAGCAAUGACAUCCUCGUCGUCUAAGACUUCAUCCUCGUCACAGAAUCUGGCAGGGAAGUGGGCCUACAGCUUGAUUCUAGCAACUCUUCUUCGCCUUCUGUGUUGACGAAUGGUAAUUGCGUAAGCAGGGUAGGAGUCUGGAAAUGAAGAGAUUUUUGUUUCUGUUUUGGGACCAUGGAAGGAAGAGACAGGUAGCCCUGCAAUUGUAAAGCUCUACUGGUUCGACGGCCCCAUGGUGUUGUAUGAUAUGAUGUCAAUGUAUUGAUUGGUGUUAGGGUUGUUAGUGUUAGGAGGGAGGAUGGUAAGGAAAGACGAAUCCAUCUGCUGUACUUUCUUGCUAGUCUUGAGCUUAAAAAAAAAAAAAACUGGCCACCUGUAGAUGAUGUUCCUCCCCCAGCUCUGUCUGGCUUUGGUUUAAGAUCGUCAGUGUUCAUCUAUGCGAGUCAUUUAAACUGCGCGCUGAACAAAAUUUGUAACGAGCGUUUGAACUACUAUAAAAAUCGAAUCGGUUUUCGGACAAAAA